AGUCUGAGUGGCUCCGCCAGCUCAGCCAAUCCCCGCUGUUCACUGUACUUAAAGGCGCUGGCGGGGAGAGCCCGCUAAGGAGAAUCCAACUGGGAGAGGGCUGGGGAGACACAGAGACAUAGAGACAGAGACACGGAUACAGACACAGAAAGAGACAAAGAGCCAGAGAGAGGUAUAGGGAGAUAGGGAAAUCCACAAGUCAGAAAGUAAUGCAGAAAGUCAAACAGAGGAAAAGAGGACAGAAAAAGGCAUAGAAACAAAAGAGACAGAUACACAGGGAAUCAGAGGCAUACAGAGAUAGGGAAGGGCAGAGGGAGACGAAGAAGCUGCAACAGGAGAAUCCUCAGAGGAGUCACUUACUCCACGGAGUGAGGGGGGAGGUGUUUGGGGAGGUGGCUCUCAGACUUACCUCUCAACUCUGUGCGGGUAUUUUCUUUAUUACUUUGGAAGCUCCCUGGUCCCUGUGCCAACACUGCAUCCUCCUCUGGCACAGGUCAGAACCCACAGGGGAUUCCUGCUGAGAGGAUCCUCCAAGAACCAGGCAGGGGGAGUAAUUGGAGCCUUGAACACCCUGCUUCCUUCUAGCUACUGCUGCUGUGCCAUGUCCCAGGCAGACAUAGGUCCCAGGAGGGACUUAGGGGGAGCUCAGACCAGCCCUCUGCUCCCCACUCCAUCCCAGCCACUUCCAGGGCUGCUACUUCUGAUUUUGCUGCUACUAGACUCCUGCUUGUCUCUUGCCCAGCUGGUGGGCCUCCCCACUCAGGAGGAGGAGAUCGUGUUUCCCGAGAGACUCAAUGGCAGCAUCUUUCCUGGCCCCGGCUCCCAGGGGCUCCUGUUAUAUCGGCUGCCAGCUUUUGGGGAAACGCUGCUUCUGGAGCUGGAGCAGGACCCUGGUGUCCGGGUUGAGGGAUUGACUGUGCAGUACCUGGGCCAGGCGCCUUCGAUGCUAGGUGGGGCUGAAGUGGGCACGUACCUGACGGGCACCAUCAACGGGGACCCUGAGUCUGUGGCAUCUCUGCAUUGGGAUGGGGGAGCCCUGCUGGGCGUCCUACAGUACCGGGGGACAGAGCUCCACCUUCAGCCCCUAGAAGAGGGAGCUCCCAAUUCUGCUGGGGGGAAAGGGGCCCACAUCCUACGCCGAAAGAGCCCUACCAGAGACCAGGGCCCCAUGUGCAACGUUGGGGCCCCACUCGGGAGCCCAGGCCCCAGCCCUCGAAGAGCCAAGCGCUUUGCCUCAGUAAGUCGCUUUGUGGAGACCCUGGUAGUGGCAGAUGACAAGAUGGCGGCAUUCCAUGGGGCUGGGCUGAAGAGAUACCUCCUGACUGUCAUGGCAGCUGCCGCCAAGGCUUUCCGCCACCCAAGUCUUCGUAACCCAGUCAGUCUGGUGGUAACCCGGCUGGUUGUGCUUGGGCCUGGUGAGGAAGGGCCUCAGGUGGGUCCCAGUGCUGCUCAGACCCUGCGCAGCUUCUGUACCUGGCAGCAGGGACUCAACAUUCCUGAGGACAGCCACCCUGACCACUUUGAUACAGCCAUUCUGUUUACUCGACAGGACCUGUGUGGUGUCUCUACAUGUGACACACUUGGCAUGGCUGAUGUGGGCACAGUGUGUGACCCAGCCAGAAGCUGUGCCAUUGUGGAAGAUGAUGGACUUCAGUCAGCGUUCACUGCUGCUCAUGAACUGGGCCAUGUCUUUAACAUGCUUCAUGACAACUCCAAGCCAUGUGUGAGUCUGAACGGUCCUGGGAGCUCCUCCCGUCAUGUCAUGGCACCAGUUAUGGCGCACGUGGACCCUGAGGAACCCUGGUCCCCCUGCAGCGCCCGCUUCAUCACUGAUUUCCUCGACAACGGCCAUGGACACUGUCUCUUAGACAAGCCCUCAGCUCCUCUGCGCCUGCCUGUGACCUUCCCUGGCAGGGACUAUGACGCUGACCGCCAAUGCCAGCUGACCUUUGGGCCUGACUCAAGACACUGUCCCCAGCUUCCCCCACCCUGUGCUGCCCUCUGGUGCUCUGGACGCCUCAACGGCCAUGCCAUGUGCCAAACUAAGCACUCUCCCUGGGCUGAUGGCACCCCCUGUGGACCCAACCAGGCCUGCAUGAGUGGCCGCUGCCUCCAGAGUGCUCAGCUCCAGGAUUUCAAUACCCCACAGGCAGGAGGAUGGGGCUCUUGGGGGCCCUGGGGCGACUGCUCUCGGACCUGUGGAGGUGGUGUCCAAUUCUCCUCUCGCGACUGUACUAGUCCUGUUCCCCGGAAUGGUGGCAAAUACUGUGAGGGCCGCCGUACACGCUUCCGCUCCUGCCAUACCCAGGCCUGCCCCACAGGCACAGCUUUGACCUUCCGUGAGGAGCAGUGUGCUGCCUACAACCUCCGCUCUGAUCUCUUCAAGAACUUCCCAGGGCCCAUGGAUUGGGUCCCACGAUACAGUGGUGUGGCUCCCCAGGACCAGUGCAAGCUCACUUGUCAAGCCCGGGCCCUUGGCUACUACUAUGUCCUGGAGCCUCGGGUGGUAGAUGGGACCCCCUGCUCGUUGGACAGCACCUCAGUUUGUGUUCAGGGCCGCUGUAUCCAUGCUGGCUGUGACCGGAUUAUUGGCUCUAAGAAGAAGUUUGACAAGUGCAUGCAAUGUGGCGGUGAUGGCUCGGGCUGCAGCAAGCAGUCAGGUUCCUUCAAGAAGUUCAGGUAUGGGUACAAUGAUGUGGUCACCAUCCCUUCAGGUGCUACCCACAUUCUAGUGCGGCAACAGGGGGAUUCUGGCCCCCACAGCAUUUACCUGGCGCUGAAGCUUCAAGAUGGCUCCUAUGCCCUCAAUGGUGACUACACACUACUCCCAUCUGCAAGUGACGUGGUUCUGCCUGGAGGCGCCAGCCUUCGAUACAGUGGUGCCACUGCAGCCUCAGAAACCCUAACAGGCCAUGGGCCAUUGUCCCAGCCCCUGACCUUGCAGGCCCUGGUAGUGGGUAAUCCUCAGAAUCCUCGCCUCCGCUAUAGCUUCUUUGUACCCCGGCCUACACCUCCAGCCUCUCGACCCACCCCAAAGGACUGGCUCCGACAGCGUGCACAAAUCCUGGAGAUUCUCCGGCGGCGCCAUUGGGUGGGCAAAAAAUAACCCCACCCUCCCAGGGGAGCAGCCCUGGGCACGGUGGGGGCACACAAAUGACUUCAAGGAGGGGGCUCUGAGGAGCUGCCUCCUAUAGGGCACAAUAGGGAAGUGGUAAUAAAGGCAGGACCUACCCCUUUUCCCCAUCUUGCAGGCUGGCCCUGCCCUGGGCUGCCUGACUGAGAGAGGCAGCCCAGCUACUAUGUGACUGGGGGCUAGUAAGUCUAAGAUGGGGGAGAGUCCCUCAGUACCCACCCAUUCCCUCUCCAAAGCUGGUCAUAGGAGGUGGGGAAUUGCAGGGUGGGCCCCAAUUGUAUUUAUUUGAUAUUUAUUCAUUGAUUUGUGAGGGGUCAGCACCAAGGAAGGGUAGAGAGGGAAGGUAGAAAUUUGUCCCUCUACACAUAGCAUUUGCUCUACCCAGGGGAUCAAGUGUUAGUGGUGACAGGCAUGAGAGGUGUGUUUUUGUGUGUCUGUGUAUGUAUGUCUGUGUGUCUGCGUAUGUCUGUGUGUGCUCCUGAACCACAUCCCCUGGCCCCUAAAGGAGAGACAAAGGGGAUGACAGGAGUAUGUGGCAUGAAUUAUCGUGUUUUCUAAUAAAUUUAACUUCAUUAUUUAUUCA